GGUAACCGGCUCCAACUAGCCUACUGCUCCCAAUAAGUGACAAAAUAACGCCAACAUUGUCCUUUUCCUUCCAUACUUGGUAGUUAACACUGAAGAUAAAGUGUGCCUGAUCAGUUAGGAGAAGAUUCCCCCCCCCCCCUUUCUCUUUGGACCAUCUUGAUAGGUAGUGGUGGUUGAGCAUCUCUGGGACUGAACUGCAGUGUUGCGCUGGACUGGCUUUAUCCUCUGCAGAGCCAGAUCCACUGUCAGCAUAGUAGUGCCUCUGUAAAAUUCAAGUAGAAAGAACAAAAACCAAAUAACUGAUGGGUCACAGCAAGAGAAGAGACAUUCAGAAUAACCUCCCUUCGUAAAUGUAAUAUAAGCAAUUCAUUAACAAACUUGCAUAAUCCAUAUUUUGAGUAGGAUCACUGAGGUAGGAAAAUAGUGACAAUGCUAAGAGCGAUACUGCUCCCAAUGGAGCAGCAGAAUAGGAGUCUGAUGCUGCUCCGCUGGCCUGUGGUUAUGGGGCAUGUUUCAACCGAACCAGGAAAGAAAAUGCCUCUGCACUCAAUUGGAUAGACCUCCAACCAAUCAGAGCAACGGCGUAUGUGACGUUCUUCUUAGCGACCAUCGGGGCCAGCUGAUGAAUUCAACUUUUGCCGAAUCCCGCAAGUGCUGAGAUUACCAGAACACUACAGAGGGCUGCUGUUGUGUGUGUGAUCAUCCUGCCGAUGUUAUAUUUGGUGAUAGUCUAUUACCGUCCCGGAGAGCUAAGACAAGAGGUUCCUACCACACAAAAGAGCCGCCCCCUCCCCCACAAUUCCAGCUUGUCACUCCAGAGUCAUCUUCCCCCACCUGGUCCAUGCACCUGUCCAGGCGGCUCAGUGCUGCUCAAAGAUCACAUCCCCAAGGAUCAGUAUGAGAAGGUGGCCAAACGCCGAGCUAAGGAGCUCCAACAACACAAAGCCAGGACUACAUCUGUAUUAUCGAAACUGCUGAUUGCUUUGCCAAACUCUCCUCUGCAGUAUCCUAUCCAGGGUUUUACAGUACGACCCUUGACCACCACUCCCAUACCAGGUUUAGCACUGCAUGCGGAACAAAGAAGCAGCUACAAGGUGUCCUUGAAUGUGUCCAAAGGGGUCCUGACUACGGAGAAUCUAGCUGAAGGUGUGAAGGUCCAAGGUGGUGGUGGGACCAGACUGAUUAUGGAAUCUAGCAGCCUGGUGAUCCUCAACGAUGCACUGACUAAAGUGAUCUACACCAGUACUGUCUACCAUAUACACACUGGAGACCUCGCAUCCUUCCAGUUUGAAAACCAUGAAGCUGUGUUUCCCAUUACCAUCAAACAGCCUCAGCUGCCAGUGCUGCACGACAUGGGGACAGAUAUCAACUCUCACGUCACCAUCGCCACAAAGACAUUUCUGCGCUACCCACAACUCAAGGUGUUGUUGAGUAGCAUCCGGCGUUUCUAUAGCAACAUAGAAGUCGUCAUUGCAGAUGACAGCUUUGAACCAGAGCACAUUACCGGAGAGCACAUCCGGCAGUACUUCAUGCCUCCAGCACAGGGCUGGUUUGCUGGCAGGAAUCUGGCCGUCUCCCAGGUAACCACCAAGUACUUCCUGUGGGUGGACGAUGACUUUUUGUUCACGGAGAACACAAAGAUAGAGAAGCUGGUGGAGGUGAUGGAGGCGGUCCCAGAACUGGACUUGCUAGGUGGGACAGUACAAGGGAACCAGUUUUAUUUCUCUCUUCUCUAUGAGGAAGGAGAGGAAAUGGAAGGUGGCUGCCUGUACAGGAAGUCUCAACGGAAGUUCCAAUCACUUCCUGGUUACCCACAAUGCUUUCUGGCCAAUGGGGUGGUCAACUUCUUCCUGGCUCGCACAGAUGCCAUCCAGAGGGUGGGAUUUGACCCUAAGCUCCAAAGGGUAGCACACUCAGAGUUCUUUAUGGAUGGCCUGGGCUCGUUGCUGGUCGCCACGUGUGACCAUGUGUCCAUUGACCAUCAGCCCAAAACAGGCAAAGGCAAGGACAAUGCUCACUACGCUCGUUUUAGAAACCCUGGAAAGAGUGACAUGGAGUUCAAACUGCAGCUUCACUUUUUCAAAAACCACCUAAAGUGUAUCAAAUAUGGAUAGACGACUACAAGAGGACAUUGUGUUACAUAUUUCCCUGCAGUUAUUCAAAUAAAUAGUUCUGAUUCUGGGUGGCAAAACCAGGUCUGAAAAGUC